CCACGCACACACAGACUCAGUGACUGUUGCAGAAACUAAGCCUGUGCUUCCUGGCUGCUUGCUUGUUUAAUUUGACCUGCUGUUGGAGAUGGAAACCAAUCGGGACAAAGUGCAGAACAAACCUGUUCGCCUCAUUGCAGCGGCUUGCAAUGACAUGGGCAUCGGGAAAGAUGGAAAACUGCCCUGGCAUUUACCAUCUGAAUUCCAGUACUUUCUGAACACUGUCACGAGGGUGUCAAGACCAGGAAAGAUGAACAUGGUGGUCUGGGGAAAACUGUGCUGGUACUCCCACCCAGAAACCAUUUUCCCACUGGCCAAUGUUCUGCAUGUGGUGCUGAGUACAACACUGAAAACGGUUCCAGAUCAUGCCCACUUCUUGUGUCAAGACUUUGAGAGUGCCGUCCGCCUGGCUUCCCAGCCCCCUCUCGCUGACCUGAUUGAGACCAUCUGGAGUGUUGGUGGGACACAGGUCUACAAGGAUGCGUUGAAGCACCCGUGGUGUGACAUGGUUUACCUGACAGAAGUCAUGGCGGACUUUGACUGCGACGUUUUCUUCCCUGAGUUUGACAGAGGAAUAUUUAAAGUACAAGAAAGAUUUCCUGAUGUACCGAGUGGAAUUCAAGAGGAGAACGACAUUAAGUACAAAUGCCAAGUAUUCAAGAGAGAGACUGGUGAUGCAGUGUAGACAACCAACAGAGGAAAUCAAGAGAUCUUGUAUCUUUAGAAAUUCAAGGAAUGCCAAAGUCUUGCUAACACUCUUUGUAAUACUGUCACUUCCAACCAAUGUAAAUAUGACCUUAUACUCUUUGUAAUCCAUGAAAAACCUGAAACACUGUGAGCACAGACACUUUAACAGUGGUCCAGUUUGUCUACCCAAGUUUUUAUGUUUAUUUACUCUUACAAUUAUUUCCCCAUCACUAUUGUUUGGUAAGACAAAAAAAAAAAUCCCCAUGCCACCCUCUGUUGUCACUUUGUCACUUGUCAGCGUUCCCAUCUCGUCCUCCUCCUUAAUAAUAUCGCAGCUGCUCACAAAAUAUGCUCGUCAGUGAGUCAGUCAGCGGCCUACGUCACUGACAGCCUGCACCCCAGGUAGCACAGCAGAUCUGCUCCUUUCUAAGCUAACAUGACAGAUGUCGGUUUAUAUAGUGACAAGUGAUUUAUCCUACUGGUUUGCUUUGAUACUAUAAUGGCUGGCUUAUUUAGAUAGACAUGGAGAAAUGUUACAUCUUGUAAUUUGUUGCGGUUAGAAAUGGAAAGACACAUAUUUAUUGAUGAAGAUUUUUCCUGUGUAGUUUGUUUUGUGAAUAUAGGAGGUUUUUCAUGAAAAUUGAGAAACAAUUGACAUUUUGUGACUUUAUUUUUCACUAUAUAAUAAUAAAAUUAUUCUUAUUCA